GGCACUGCUGAUGGAAAGAACUUUCACCAAGUAAACCUUUAAAGACCUUAUGUGGUCAGCUGCUGGAAGUAUCUAGGCAAAAUAUUUCUCUUUGACUUUAACGAAAACGGCUACCUACCUGAUCCCCAAACAACUUGGAGAAACAGCUGUGGAGGUGAGACAAGGCUUAUUGAGGAGAAAUUGUGGUCAGGAUCAACACACACUUAAUGUGACGGAGUGGAAGGAAACCUGUUUUUCCUUUGACCUUUCCUAGAUACAGUCAUUGGGGAUCCUCUUGGGAAUCGCCUGUUCAUCCUCCAUGGCCUUUCAUCAACUCCUGGAGCAAGCUGGAGGCAUGGGCAGAUUCCAGAGCCUUCAGAUAGCUUUCCAUUGUAUUUCCAUCCUCAUGGUGUACCCUCAUAUUCUAUUGGAAAACUUCACUGCAGCCAUCCCUGAUCACCGCUGCUGGGUCCACAGCCUCGACAAUGACACUGUCUCUGCUAAUGGCACUGGGAUCCACAGGCAAGACAUUCUCCUGAGAAUCAGCAUCCCGCUGGACUCAAAUCUGAGACCGGAAAAGUGUCGUCGUUUCCUCCACACUCAGUGGCAGCUCCUCCACCUGAAUGGAACUUUCUCCAACAUGAGUGAGCUGGACACGGAGCCCUGUGUGGAUGGCUGGGUGUAUGACCGAAGCUCCUUCUCGUCCACCAUCGUGACUAAGUGGGACCUGGUAUGUGAAUCUCAGUCACUGAAAUCAAUGGUCCAAUUCUCAUUCAUGGCCGGAAUGCUGCUGGGAGGCAUCAUAUAUGGCCAUUUAUCAGACAGGUUUGGAAGGAGGUUAAUUUUCAAAUGGUGUCUCCUCCAAUUCACCAUUGCUGACAUCUGUGCAUCCUUUUCUCCCACCCUCCUCAUUUACUGCUUGCUACGCUUCUGGGCUGGCCUUUGUAUCAGCAGCAUCCUGACAAAUAAUGUUUUGCUUAUUAUCGAAUGGACAAUGCCCAGAUUCCAAGCCAUGGGAAUGACAGUGACAAUCUGCUUUGCUUCUGUGGGACAGAUGCUUCUGGGAGGACUGGCUUUUGUCAUUCGAGACUGGCACAUCCUUCAGCUGGUGCUUACUGCACCGUUAUUUGUCUUGUUUCUUGCCUCAAGGUGGCUGGCAGAGUCUGCUCGGUGGCUGAUUAUCACCAACAAACCCGAAAAGGGCUUAAAGGAACUUAGAAAAGCUGCACUCAAGAAUGGAAUAAAGAAUGCUGGAGACAGCCUAACCAUGGAGGUUUUGAGGUCCACCAUGCAGGAGGAGCUGGAAGCAGCAAAGAUCCAACCUCCUGUGUGUGACUUGUUUCGCACGCCCAACAUGCGUAAAAGGAUCUGUCUCCUGUCCUUUGUGAGAUUUGCAAUCUUAGUGCCCUUUUACGGCCUGAUUCUCCACCUCCAGUACUUGGGGAGCAAUAUUUUCCUGUUCCAGGCUCUCUUUGGCAUUGUCACCCUGCCGGCCAAUUAUGUUGCACUUUUGGCACUGAAUCACCUGGGCCGUCGAGUAACCCAGAUGCUUUUCAUGUUCCUGCUGGCAAUCUUCAUUCUGGCCAUCACCUCUGUGCCUCCAGAAAUGCAGACCCUGCGUGUGGCUUUGUCAACUUUGGGAGUAGGAUUUUCUUCUGCAUCUGUCAUGUGUUCUUGUACCCAUGGAAAUGAACUAAUCCCCACUAUAAUCAGGGCAACAGCUACAGGAAUCAUUACAAUUGCUGGUAAUAUUGGGGCAGCCCUCGCUCCCCUCUUGAUGAUCCUAACGGUGUAUUCCCCACACCUGCCCUGGAUCACCUAUGCAGUCUUCUCCAUCCUUGCUUGCCUUCUCGUCUUCUUCCUUCCUGAAACCAGGAAUCAGCCUCUGCCUGACUCCAUCCUGGAUGUGGAAAAGGCGAAAAAAGGCUCAAGAGAAGCAAAGCAGGAAGAUAGUACCAUGAAAGUGACACAGUUUUAAGGAAUCUGCUUGAUUCAAGAGCAAAGUAAAAGAAAAAUCCCAAGAUAAUUCCUGGAUUAUCUUGUAAGAUAAAUAAAGAAAAUUUAUAAUGGAGAAAAUGGAUCUUUUUUACAAUUGUGGUACUAAAUUACUAAAUAUAAAAUAUAAUAAGAAAUGUGGAAAAGGAAAACCAAAAUAUUUUAAAAGGACUUAGCAUAUUUGUAUAAUUGUAGAUACAUAGGAUGUUUCUGGAUAGGAAGAUUGAAUAGUAUUAAAAAUAAUAACUCUUCCCCCAAUCAAUUUGUAGAAUAAUUGAUGUAGUAACUAUAGUUGAAAAACCACAUACUUUUGGAGGAAUUUGGAAAAGAGUUACAAAUGUAUCUAGAAAUUAAUAAUAAAUAAAGUGAUUUGAAAAGGGAGGAUCGUGGAGUGAGGGGGGCUGGCUAAUGUAUGGGGUAGCAUAUGCUAGAAUUUAUUAUAGCUGCAAUAGUCAAAACAGUAAUAACAGAUGCAUUUACAUAUCACAGAAGUCCAGAAACAGACCAGCGUGGAUAUGACACUUACUAUGUAAUUUUGGUAUCAUAAAUCACUGGGAAAAAUAAAGGAUUAUGCAACACAUAGCAUAAUUAACUACUUAAAAAUAAAUAACUCAUAAUGUGACUUUAUACCUUAAGCCAAAAAGUAUCCUAUUUUAAUAAGAAGUUAAAUGGAAAAAAUAAAUGAUAAUUCUCAAUAGAAAACUUGGCUACAAAAUCUUGGAUAAAAUAAGUUCUAAAUAGUAAAGCAAAUAACAGACAUUUAGAGAUGGGUAGAUUUGAAUAAUACUCACUUAAAGCCUCUGUUGGGCAAAACCUUAACAAUGUAUUGGAGAAAACUAGAAAAAAAAAAUUCACUGAAAUGAUAAAAGCAGUUAACUUUCAGUGGUGGACUUUUAAGUGUUUGUUAUUUCCUUCCUUGCAAGUUUCUGUACUCAAAAGUUUGAAGAAGGAAUAUGUAAAAUUUCAAAAUAUUGUAAGAUGUCAAAAAUGAAACAGCAAAUGACAAAAUAACCAAUUUUCAAGAUGUACUUCUAAUAUGCAGAAUUCUCAUAAAUAUCUACGUGUUCUGACACCUAUCUUGGUGUAACUGACUAAAGCCUUACUCACAGUACAUCCAUGGUAUCCACACCCACAAAAUGGUUAUUUCCUCACUCCCUCAUGUAUAAUGGGAAUGAAUAUACUUGUUUUUAUGAUCAUCCUACCUUAGGGCUUUCUCAUCAGGUCAAGUAGCUAAAAAUGAAUCAUAAACCUAGACAUGAGUCAUCAUGUCACAGGAGGGAAAUGGUCAAGUUGAGCAAGUAAAUUUUUUACUUUGGGUUCAAAAAUCUUUGAGGGUAAGAGAUUUGGGAAGACAUCAUAGUUAGCCCUGUCCUCCAUGCCACCCUUCAACCCCAAGACUAGCUAAAGGCCUUCUGAGCUGGGGAUGAGUAUCUGAAACAAGAACAUAGGACUUGAUAAAGAACUUGGUCAGGAUAUGUGCCCAUCAUCCAGAAUGGAGAGACUGUGCUCUCCCCCUCAGUAGGAAGCCAAGAGUAGAAAGAGGUGCAUUUAUGUCGAGAACUGGAAGACAAUAAUAAAACUUCCUCAGCUCUGGGUGGUGAGCACACAAUCUGAUAUAUAGAUGAUAUAUUAUAGAAACGUACACUUGAUACCUGUGUAAUUUUAUUAACCAUGGUCACCCCAAUAAAUUUAAAAAAAAAAACUUAUUCAGAGUCAGUCUCUGUUAUGUUAUCCCCACUCAGCAGCAAUUUUAAAUAAGUGAUAAAAUCCUUCUACCCACUCCCUAAAAAUACUUUGAUGGGCUGUGUUCUAAACAAUUGAUGUGACUAUUGGUAAGGCUUAAUAACAUAUCUGUAGGGUUUAAAUUAGCACAUUUUGGUUAUUUAUCACUUAAUAAAUAUUGUAUUCUACAUGGACAUUGGAUUGGAGAACUCCCAGUUAUAUAGUGGGUCCCAGGCACGUGUGGACCCAGCUAGGCACAUUUGUUUCAAGAAUAAGUUCAUAAGGAUUCAAAAUCACAGUAGCUCACUU